AUGGCGGCCACGGCCGCUCUGGGCUGAGGGGAAGCGACCCCUGCCCGGCCCCUCGUCCGCCCGCCGCUGCCUCGGCACGAUGUCCUCGGAAGGGAACGCCACGGCGGCGGCCAAACCAACGCCUAAAGCUAAGCGGAGAGGAGGAAGAAUCGUGCAGUCUCGCUACCUGCAGUUCGAUAAGAAACAUAACAAGGAGGUGCCGAGAGUGCCGAGCUCAGGCGUCGCUCAGCGAAAGGCAGAAAAGAAUGCUUCGUCAAGUUCCUCUUCAUCAAAUAGUUCUCUGCCAUCUUCUAGAAUUAAAGCAAGAUCGUUUGUCUCUCAGAAACACGAAACUUCUGCUAGUGUGGACCUCAGCUCAUUGAAUCAGGCUGCUUUGGAGAAGGGUGACUUGCAGUCCACUUUAUUAGAUGAAGGGAAAAUGAAGCUACCAGACCUUGAUAUUUCUGUUAUUAACGAACCUGGUGGUCUAUUGACCCACCCUAUAGACCUUAACAGAAGAGCAGCACAUGGACUUUGUUGUGAUACAGAUAAUAAAAGUGACUCCAAGAAGAGUUCUUAUUCAGAAUCUGCUUCAGAAGAAGAUUCAGAGACACAGGAAAUAAGUGAAGAGACUGAUGAGGAAGGUGAUUCUUGUGAUCUGAUGGCAGAGCUGGAAUCUGAGACACUACUUUUAACUUUCCUAAGAAUAAAGACAGAAAAAAAGAUUGCCAAGAUGGAGGAAAAAGCUGAAAAAAACUUGCUAAAGUUGUGUGAAGAGAAGCGGAAAGAACAGGAGAAGCUCUGGGAGCUGAAACGUGAAAUUCUGCUCAAGGAGAGAGAGCAGAAGCUCAAUGAAACAUUAGACAAACAGAUAGAAGUGCUGUCUCCCCUCGUUGCUGUCUGUGAACAGUUUAAAGAGCAGUACAAAAGCUUUGCAGCUUCCCUGGAUGCUACGAGACACGAAUUGCCCAUAAAGAGCAUUCACAUAGAAGGAGAUAAGCAAACCUACCUUGAUGAACUGGGAAAGCAAUUAAUGAUCACACAGGAGCUUCUGACAGAAGUUAUGCCAAACCACUCAGAGGAUAGUGCAAAAGCACUUGGUGCACUGAAGGAGAUUCAAGAAGUGUCUCAGCAACUGAGUAAAGGGCUUCAAAGGAGCUUCACAGAUGUGCAGAACCUGUCCUUUGAAGCCAGUAAAGAAGUUUCUCUGCAUAACCAAUACGUGUGUGAAGAGAAGCAUGGAGUAGAUGUUGUGAAACGCUGGUAUUUCAACUGACUUUCUGUAUUGUUUUACUGCUGGGUAGGUACUAACUCAAAGCCAGCAGACUUUUUAUCCUUUUACUUCUGAUGUGGACAUACAACUUGCCCAGUUUUUCAGUGAAGUCAGCAGCAGGGCUGCUCACUGAUACAGGAAUUGGAGAGUUGUUCUGCAGGCUGUCCCACAGGGAGACAGCGCCGCUCGCUUUUAACGGGGAUUUCUGUGACAGGUUUUCCAUCCCUUUCUGCCCUGACAGUGCUGAAAGGUAAAUGAUAAAAAGUGCUAUUCCUGGCAAAUCUGACCUGUGUGGGAGUUACAGCUUGAGCAUUGGCUGCUCACUGAACAACUUCUGCAGGAACUCUGAUUUGUCCCGUAUUUCUGGAUGUGCUGGGUGGGUAUAAAGCACUUGCUUGGAAGGAGCCUGGUCACUUUAAACAAGUGAGAAGUUUUGGUAACUUCUCAUUUCUUCUUCAUUGUCUAAUUGCCUUGUAAAUAAAUUAUUGAAAUUACAAAUGCUUUUGUAUAAACCUGACUCCUCUUUAAGGAUUUUAUUGUUUUUAUUAAUAAAGUCUAUUCUCCACU